ACCCAGUGUGAGAGAGAGGCCAAAGCAACGACGACCCUUCUCUACGGAACUUCUUUCUGCAAAAAAAUUGGCGUCAAUUUCUAAAUAAGAAGCUGAAGAUCAGUCAUGAAUCGCCGUGAAGAUCCCAAUCCUUUUGAUGAAGAAGUCAAUCCAUUUUCGAAUGGAGCUGCUGCUCCUGGAUCAAAAUCUCGUAUUCCACAGAUGGUUGCUAGUACUCUUGGUUUUGGUCAAAAGCAUGAUGCAACUGUUGAUAUACCAUUGGAUUCAAUGAAUGAUCCAAAGAAAAAACAGAACGAACUUACAAACUGGGAAGCUGACUUGAAGAGAAGGGAAAAGGACAUCAAACGACGAGAAGAAGUUGUUGCUGGUGCUGCCAUCCCCACAGAUGAUAGAAACUGGCCUCCAUUUUUUCCAAUAAUUCAUCAUGAUAUAGCCAAUGAGAUACCAGUUCAUGCUCAAAAGUUGCAGUAUUUGGCGUUUGCAAGUUGGUUAGGUCUAGUUCUCUGCCUUGUAUUUAACGUCAUAGCAGUGAUCGUCUGUUGGAUCAAAGGCGGUGGUGUCAAGAUUUUUUUCCUUGCAACAAUUUAUGCACUUCUUGGAGUACCCCUUUCCUAUGUACUAUGGUAUAGGCCACUCUAUCGUGCAAUGAGGACUGACAGUGCUUUGAAAUUUGGCGGGUUUUUCUUGUUUUACUUGCUCCAUCUUGGCUUUUGUAUAUUUGCUGCUAUUGCUCCUCCAAUAGUCUUUCAUGGGAAGUCAUUGACGGGAAUCCUAGCUGCAAUUGAUGUCUUUUCUGACGAUGCUCUAGCAGGGAUCUUUUAUCUGGUAGGAUUUGGAUUAUUUUGCUUAGAAUCACUUCUAAGCUUCUGGGUACUUCAGAAAGUUUACACAUAUUUCCGUGGGAACAAGUGAGAUGUGUCGACUUCUGAUUCCUCAACCUAGUCUAUAUCGUCGGUUGGUUUUGUAUCUAUCCGUAAAACACUGCUAGUUGCGUUAGAAUGCAUUGGUCGCGGCUUGUUACGUGGAGGAUUUCGAAGUUCUCGUGAGAAGAAGCAUAAUGCUUGAAUCUUAUGUAUGUAUAAUUGAAAUUGAUUAUAGGAACAUAAAAUAAAAAACUAUCUAUUCUUGGCUACAUUUCCUUUCAUUAUAGGUUUUCUUAUUCAUAUGUGCAUGCAUGUCUUCUUU